AUGAUUAUCACGCAAACAGUCGGAGAAGAUAUACGAUCAGAGCAAAUGUCUUUAAUACAUGAUUCUAAAUUUCAAUGUGCGAAUACAACUUGUUUACCAUUCAUUAAUGUUAUUACAUCAAAUAUUAGGAAUUGUCAAUUCGCCUGUUUAGGACAAAGUCAAUGCACAGCAGCAACUUUCCAUCGAUUAACUUCUAAUUGUGAAUUAUUUGAUAAUAUGUUGAACCAAAAUGGAAAUAUAUUGGCUGAUGUCGAUGCUAUUAUUAUAUAUGUUAUUAGUGGAACACGAUUCCCACGUGAAUGGACAAUGACAGGAAAUAUGAGUGUUGGACGAAACUGGCACGCUGCAUCCACAUUAGCAAAUGGAUUCGUAUUAGUUGCUGGUGGAUGGAACAACAUUGAUAACUAUCUCAAUAGUGCUGAAUUGUACAAUCCAUUAACAGGCACAUGGACAGUCGUAGGAAGCAUGAGUGCCGUACGACAAAGGCACACAGCAGCCACAUUAGCAAAUGGAUCAGUAUUAGUUACUGGUGGACAGAAUAGCGCUACUAUUCUCGAUAGUGCUGAAUUGUACAAUCCAUCAACAGGCACUUGGACAACCAUGGGACACAUGAAUAUCGCACGAUAUGCUCACACAGCAUCCACAUUAACAAAUGGAGCAGUAUUAGUUACUGGUGGACAGGGUAACGGUGGUUAUCUUCAUAGUGCUGAGUUAUAUGAUCCAUUAACAGGCAGUUGGGCAACUACAGGAAGCAUGAAUGCUGAACGAUAUUCUCACGCAGCAUCCACAUUAGCAAAUGGAUUUGUAUUAGUUACUGGUGGCAAUAGCUCUAGUAGUUAUCUCAAUAGUGCUGAUUUAUACGAUCCAAUGAGAGGCACUUGGACAACCACAGGAAACAUGAGUGUCACACGAGGAUAUCACACAGCAUCCACGUUAGCAGAUGGAUCAGUAUUAGUUGUCGGUGGAUACAACGGUGGUUAUCUCAGUGGUGCUGAAUUAUACAAUCCAUCAACAGAUACUUGGACUACUACUAGAAGCAUGAAUGCCGCACGAUCUAGCCACACAGCAUCCAUAUUAGCAGAUGGAUCAGUAUUAAUUACCGGGGGACAGAACAGCGCUGGUGUUCUCAAUAGUGCUGAAUUGUACAAUCCAUCAACAGGCGAGCAGUCAUCCUAUUCCGCAAUGUUGAACAUUUCAGGAACCAGUUCCGCUCCGGAAUCGAUUCCGUUCAAUUCCGGGAACUCGAUCGACACAUAA